ACUGUAGAACUCCGUUUCUCUCCUCUCUAUAAAAACCCCUCAUCGCUUCUUAAUCCUCCUCUCUCUCUAUAUCUUUUACUCCCAUCACCCAAACUUUCUCUCUCUACAAACAAAUUUUUUUCUCUUUGUUUGCAUAACAAUGGCUUCUAACGGCGAUUCCAAAAAUCUGAUCGUCAGUUUCGGCGAGAUGCUCAUCGAUUUCGUCCCCACCGUCUCCGGUGUAUCCCUAGCCGAAGCUCCCGGAUUUUUGAAAGCUCCGGGCGGUGCUCCGGCGAAUAUGGCGAUUGCCGUGGCUAGGCUAGGCGGAAAAUCGGCGUUUGUUGGCAAAUUAGGGGAUGAUGAGUUUGGUCACAUGCUCGCCGGGAUCUUGAAGGAGAACGGAGUGUGCAGUGACGGUAUUAAUUUUGAUAAAGGCGCCAGGACUGCUUUGGCUUUCGUCACUCUACGCGCUGAUGGCGAGCGUGAAUUCAUGUUUUACAGAAAUCCGAGCGCUGACAUGCUGUUGACUCCUGAUGAGCUAAAUCUUGAAGUCAUUAGAUCUGCAAAAAUCUUCCACUAUGGAUCAAUAAGCUUAAUAGUGGAGCCAUGCAGAUCAGCACAUUUAAAAGCAAUGAAAGAGGCAAAGGAUGCAGGUGCUUUGCUAUCAUAUGAUCCAAAUUUGAGACUGCCAUUGUGGCCAUCAGCUGAGUAUGCACGUGAGCAGAUUAAGAGCAUUUGGGAUCAGGCCGAUAUUAUCAAAGUUAGUGACAAUGAGCUCGAAUUUCUCACUGGCAGUGACAAAAUUGAUGAUGAAUCUGCCAUGUCUCUAUGGCAUCCUAAUUUGAAGCUUCUCUUGGUCACCCUUGGUGAAAAGGGUUGCAGAUAUUACACCAAGAAUUUCCAUGGAUCAGUUGAUCCAUUCCAUGUCAAGGCUGUGGAUACAACCGGGGCUGGUGAUUCAUUCGUCGGAGCUUUACUAUCUAAAGCAGUACAUGAUCUUUCUGUUCUCGAGGAUGAACCGAGGUUGAGAGAAAUACUAAAAUUUGCAAAUGCUUGCGGAGCCAUUACGACCACCAAGAAAGGAGCUAUUCCUGCCCUUCCCGCUGAGGCCGAUGUCCUCAGCUUGAUGAACGGAUCAAACUAGAAUUAUUUUCUUUUACUUUUUUGGUCUUGUUUUUGUUUUUUUAACUCAUGGCUUGUUUCUCAUUAAAAUAGAAGAAAAUUUUCUAUGAUAAAUGUGAUGUUGUUUGUGACUCUUUUUGUGUUAAGGUCUUUUUAAUAAAAAAAAUUCGAUGUUUGUGUA